AUGGCAGAUAUAAAGAGUCUAUUCCCCGUUCAUCACUCGAUAGAAGCUCUGCCGGCAUCCUCCAAGAUUCGCUCACUAUACCCAGAGAAUACAUUCCCCAAUGGUGCUUACGUUCAGUUACCGCACGGUAAGACUCGCUACUGGCUAUUAGGUCCGGAAGGUGGCACCAAACUUGUUCUGAUUCAUGGAUUGUCCACUCCCGCCAUUACCUGGAUAGAGAUCGGUCCAUACCUUGCGUCUCGAGGAUUCAGGGUUCUCAUCUAUGAUUUGUACGGUAAGGGAUACUCGGAGGCGCCACAGACAACGUACCAUACGAGUUUGUUCGUGUCACAACUCGCUCUCCUCAUGCAAUAUAUUCGCUGGGAUAGUGCACAUAUCACUGGCUUCUCCAUGGGCGGUGCGAUCGCAGCCGCUUUUGCUGCUACCUUACCUCAUCUCGUGGAAGGCAAGGUUAUUCUUAUGUCGUCUGCCGGGGUCCAUGAACUACCUCCUCCGGAAGAGAGCCCUGCACAAAAGGCACCUGUAAAAAGCCCCAUCCCUCAAUUCCAAGAGUUAAUCAGCCUUCAGUACGAAGUGCUCCCAGGGUAUGACUACGGUGUUAAAUCCUGCCUUCGAGAUGGACCCAUUCAUGGACUUCUCUGGAUAUUCGACAAGUUGGCCGGGUGCCACGUUCGCUCGGGUGAUGAAUUGCAGGUUCUCAUAAUACACGUAAACAGGAACGUUCCUUCAAAGCAGGAACUCGACUGA